AGAGCGCAUGCGUUGUGCUAAUUAUUUUAGGAAUUUAUGAUAAUCGCUUUAUUGACUAUCUGGGGAAAAUAAUGCCAUUGCUGUGUAUUGAAAAAAGACGAUCACCAACAGAACUGGAUGAUGAUAAUGCAGAUGAUGAAGAUGAUGAUAGAGUUUCCCAGGAGCCCAGUAUAUGGGAGGAUGUGCCAGACUCCAUCUUACUGCAUAUAUUUUCAUUCUUAGAAGUCCCUCAUUUAGGACAAGUAGCGCAGACAUGUAAGACCUGGAACAGAGUUUCUCUGGAUGAGAGCCUGUGGAAAGACUUACUACAUAUAGAAAUAAAUGAUACACCAGGACAUAUUGCACAGGGAAAGGCAAGUUGGCGAGAAGAAGUGAAGCGUGUACGAUACCAUGUACCCACUAUACUUACGGAGACGCUAGUAGAACACACUGACGAGGUUCUUCAUGUCAGCUUCUCUCACAAUGGCAAACUGUUCAGUACAACUUCGAAAGAUGCAACUUUGAAGGUAUGGAGUGUUGGUUACCCGACCGUGUUAAAAUACAGUAAAGAUUUCCGGGAAUUGCUGGCCUGGGAUUUUACGCAGUUUUCAAGUUUCAACGAGUCAGAUACUAUGGUCCUGGUUUCUAGCGUGAAAUCAACCCACCUGAUGGACAGGAGGGGAUACAUGGCUAUUCUUUCUCUAAUUCAUGAUUUUGAGAUUUUACGUGUGGUGACAAUGGAUCCAUCUCAGUUGUUCGGAGCGUGGUUAGAUGAUACAACAUUUCUGGGUGGUAGCCUGGAAAUCAGCCUAGAUAGAUUUGCAACAACAGUUCAGAUAGAGGCCCAUGAGGUCAACGAGAUAUUUUCACCUAUGCCAUUUCCGGCCCCAUCACCAAGUGUUGAAGAGAGCUCAGGUAGACCUUUAUUUACAUUCAGCAGUGAGACGGCUAGUCUAAUCAAGUUUCUAACUGUUGCAAAUAUUGCCAAGUCGAAUGCUGCAGAUGUCGGAAAUAAUAUUAAAGAGAGUCUCGAUGAAUUAAGUAUUAUUAUGGAUGGUGAAGAGUCUGGUAUACCGGAUGAACAUUUAGACUGUGAUAAAGAUGAAGAUGAACAUUGUGAUGAGCAUGAGAUCUCGGUCAAGGGUGCUGCUUUACUGUCUAACAGAAAAAGUGAUAAAUGUAUGACUGAUGAAAUGGAAUGUUCAAUGGGAGAUAUGGCGGAAAGUGUAGAGGAGUAUCAAAUGGAAUUGGUUUCCAUGGCAACAGAUGAUAAAAAUAUAUGCAGAAACUGUUCAAAAGUAAUAAAAUCUGAAAAAUCAGUAUUAUCGGGACGGUCUAUGUGUACUUGUGUGAACGAGGGUAACGGCAACAUAGGAUCCCGAGAUAAGUUGACAGAGAGACCGUCGGUUUUGGAAUUAGGUGCUUGUUGCUCAAAAUCUCUGAAAAAUCCCACUGCUACAGAGACAGGUACAAAACAGAUAGAGAAAAAUUUAAUAUUAGUAACGGGAGAAUUUGCAGUAGCUCUUCACCAGAUUGGUUUUAAAAAUGUGCCUCCAUACAGUAAAGAGUCAAUUUUAGCAAGUGGUGCAACUCCGAUGGACUCGGAUAAUCCCGAAGGUUUUAUGGUGGUUAACUAUAGUAAUAAUGAUAUACAUAUUGUGCAUAGACAGCAAAAGUUAGACACACCAGACCAUCUGAUUGACCUUUUUGGUCAUGUGACCGGACUGUGCUUGACCCCAGAUCAAAGGUAUCUGUUUAUAAAUUGUCGACCAUGGGUUGGUGACAUUGACAGGACUGACCCGUGGGCAACUCCAGAUCUCUCCCCAAACAUAGAAGUGAGAAUAAUUGACCUCUGCACUCUGAAAGAUCUAGGGGUUCGUUAUAAAGGACAUAAAGGAUUUUCUCCGCCAAACAUGUGCUGCUUUGUUUUCCUAGAUGUUAGUCACGAUUUUGUUGCAAGUGGUAGUGAGGAUGCCAAAGGUUAUCUAUGGGACCGACAUUACCAGUCGCUCUUAGCCUCGUACGAGCACAGUCAAGGCGUGGUCAACGCUGUAGGAUUCUGUUCGACCAAUCAGGAGUACCUAGUUACUGUCUGUGAUGAUAAGACAAUUAAAGUAUGGCGAUCAAAAGCGGAAAUUAAGAGAUUACAGAUUAAGACGCCGGAGGACGCUGAAAUAUUAUAACAAAGAAUUUAUUAUAUAUACAUGCAUACUUAUGUACUUAGAAUAAUAU